AUGAAAAUAUCAGUACCGAAACCUAAAACGCUAACUAAUGAGAACGAUCCAUUAUAUAUUAUAAAAACAAGAAAGAAGACUCAUAAUAGAGCUGCUACGAUUGCAGGUCCAAUGGUGCGUUACUCCAAACUACCAUUUCGUCAAGUUUGUAGAGAUUAUGAUGUCGAUAUUGUAUAUACCCCGAUGAUAUUAGCAAGAGAGUUUGUACGUAAUGGACACGCACGUCUAGCAGACUUCACAACAUGUUCCACUGAUUCUCCCUUAAUUGUGCAAGUUGGAGUAAAUAAUGUUGCAGAUCUGUUAAAAUUUGUUGAGAUGGUCUCACCUUAUUGUGAUGGUAUUGGUAUAAAUUGUGGAUGUCCUAUAAAAGAACAAAUCAGAGAAGGUAUAGGUUGUGCAUUAAUAUAUAAUCCUGAACUAUUGGCAUCUAUGGUAUCUGCAGUUAAACAAAAAUAUGGAGAUAAAGUAAGAUUAGAAACUAAGAUCAGAAUCCACGACGAUUUAGAACAAACUGUCGAAUUGUGUAACAAAGUUUGUGACGCUGGUGUGGAUUGGAUUACAAUUCAUGGUAGAACAAGAACAACUAGAUCAUCUCAACCGGUGAAUCUUGAUGCAAUUAAAUAUAUUAUAUCACAAAUAAAAGGUAGAAAUGUACCAGUUGUCGCCAAUGGAGAUUGUUUCGUGGAGACAGAUUUGGCCAAGAUAAGCGAAUGUACAGGCGCUGAUGGUGUAAUGGCAGUUAGAGGAUUACUAGCAAACCCUGCAUUAUUUGCAAAAUAUGAUGUCUGUCCUUGGGGCUGUCUAGAAAAGUUCUGGUAUUGGGCAAUGGAAUUUAGUACUUUACCAUUUCAACUUCUACAGCAUCAUCUUUUCUGCAUGCUAGAAAAUAUGCAAUUGCAAAAACCUCUAUUAAAAGAAAUGAUGACACUAAAGAAUACUGUUCAAUUAAUUGACUGGUUUGACAAAAAUUUUAUAUUUAAAAGACAUAAUGAUGAAGGUUUUGGUGUAACUGUAGAUAUCCCUUAUAGAAAUCAAGCAUAA